CUUAUAUUAAUUCUUUGGUAGGUUUAAAUUAAACCCUGGAACUUCAGAUAAAUUCGGUGGCAACCAAAUUUACACUCAAACUCAAAUAACUUUAAACAAAUCAACAAUAUGGCUGAUUUAGAAGGGUUAGAUCUAAACAAGAAGAAGAAAAAGAAGAAGGUUGUGCUCGACCUCGGGGAUGAGGAAGAAAAAUCUACAACACCAGCAGCGCCAACAGCUAAUGAUUCAAAUGAACUGGAUUUGUCCAGCAUGAAAAAGAAGAAGAAAAAGAAAACUGCGUUUAUUUUAGACGGUGAUGAGAAUAACCAUGUUAAAGAAGAAAACAACUCACAUACAGCUGUGGAAGAAGAAGAGCUUGACCUCACCAAGAAGAAGAAACCGAAAUCAAAAGUUCUUAUCCUUGACGAAAAUGAUGAGAACGCAACAAAUGAUUCCGAAGAACUAGUGUUGACCGGUAAGAAGAAAAAGAAACAUAAAAUACUUCCUGAUGAUAGUGAGAAAAAAGUUUCAUUUGCUGAUGGUGAAGAAGCAGAUGUUGCAGAUUUAAUUCAAGAUGGGCAAGUAGAUGUUGGAUUAAAGACCUGGAGUGGAAGUGACAGAGAUUAUACAUAUGAUGAGCUCCUCACACAUGUGUUUGAGAUUAUGAGGCAGAAGAAUCCUGAGAUGAUUGCUGGUGAAAAGAAGAGGUUCAUCAUGAAACCUCCUCAGUGUGCAAGGGUAGGAACAAAGAAAACAUCUUUCCUUAAUUUUGCCGAAAUUUGUCAAACUUUACGCAGACAACCAAAGCACAUCCUUGCGUUUAUUCUUGCUGAGCUUGGGACCAGUGGUUCAGUGGAUGGCAACAAUCAACUUAUCAUAAAAGGAAGAUUUCAACAAAAACAACUUGAAAGUGUGUUGCGAAGAUAUAUCAGAGAAUAUGUCACAUGUCACACGUGUAGGUCUCCUGAUACAAACCUGGAAAGGGACCGGCUAUAUUUCCUCCGUUGUAACGUAUGUCAGUCCCGCUGCUCUGUAGCAGCCAUUAAAUCUGGUUUCCAGGCUGUUACCGGCAAGCGGGCACGCAUCCGCGCAAAGGCAAUGUCUUGAUAGAAGUUUCCUCUAUGCGGCAGAACUAAAAUACGAAAUCCUGGCGUCCUAUAACGAUUUUUCACCAAUGAUCCAUAUUUUUUUCUUGCAGACGCCUUUCAACGCGCGCUUUGUUUAUAGGUAAAGUUUAUUGAAACAGAACCGGUUUGUCGUUUGCCAUUUUAAGUUUUUGAUUUAAAGGGGUGUGUUUUGUGAUAUCAUGUCAAUGGUUUGGCCGACAUUUGUGCGGAAAAUAAAAUGGCAAGCGGGAUGUUUACAAAAGACGUUUUUGAAGUAUGUGCGGAAAAGUUUUGAAGACCAACCACGAGCAAUUUGUAUUAAUAUAAAGUAAGGUGGGGAUGAUGGGCCCAUUUUUAUUAUCUUUUCCUGGUACCAUUUGGUAGUGAACAAAUUUUUUUAAAGGAAUAUAAAACCGUAUCUUUACGA